AUGGAUGACGAUGAUGCCGAUUAUAUGCAAGGAAGCGACGAUGAGGACUACGGCUUUGACUACUCGGACGGUGACGAUGGCAAUGAGGGAGAAAGCGCAGAUGUAGAAAAUCUGUAUUACAAGGCCAAGUCAAAGAAGGAAGACAAUCCAGAGGAAGCCCUAAAGGAAUUCCGUGCUAUCGUAGACCAGGAAGAGGAAAAAGGAGACUGGGGGUUCAAAGCUCUGAAGCAGUCAACUAAGCUGCUAUUCCUAGGCCUCAAGCGUCCUACUGAUGCCCUCAAGACUUACACUGAGCUGCUUACAUACACCAAGUCUGCUGUGACGCGCAACUACUCUGAAAAGAGCAUCAACGGCAUUCUUGACUAUGUUGGUGGCGGAAAGGGCGGAGUCGUCGUCGAUGUAGAUAUCCUGGAGAAUUUCUAUCAAGUCACCAAGAAGGCGCUAGAGGAUGCUAAGAAUGAGCGUCUUUCUGUCAAGACAAAUCUCAAGCUCGCAAAACUCUGGCUGGACAGAAAGGAGUAUGUGCGACUGUCGAAGCUGAUCCGCGAUUUACAUGGGGUCACAAACGAAGGAGGAGAAGGAGAAGAGUCACAAUCUCAGCGAGGCACACAACUUCUUGAGAUAUACGCUCUUGAAAUUCAAAUGUACAAUGAAACCCGGAACUUCAAAAAAUUGAAGGAAAUCUAUAACGCCACCAACGCUGUUCGCUCUGCAAUUCCACACCCGCGCAUCAUGGGUGUCAUCAAAGAGUGCGGUGGUAAAAUGUGGAUGGGCGAACGCCAAUGGAACCGUGCCUCAGAGGACUUCUUUGAAUCGUUCAGAAACUACGAUGAAGCUGGCUCCCCCCAACGUAUCCAGGUCCUCAAGUAUCUUGUCUUAGCCAACAUGUUGACGGGCAGCGAGGUCAACCCUUUCGACAGUCAGGAAACCAAGCCUUACAAGACCGAUCCCCAAAUCAAAGCCAUGACCGACUUGGUUGACGCGUAUCAAAGACGAGAGGUACACUCAGCAGAGAAGAUCUUGAAGGACAAUCGUUCAACAAUCAUGGACGACCCCUUCAUUCGGUCUUACAUCGGCGAGCUCUUGCGCAGCUUGCGGACACAAUAUCUCAUCGACUUGAUCAAGCCUUAUACCAGGCUGGAGCUGUCGUUCCUGGCCAAGCAACUGAAUGUGGAGAUAAGCGAGGUGGAAGAGUUGCUCAUUGGUUUAAUUCUCGAAGGGAAAGUGGAGGGAAGAAUUGACCAAGUCGGUAUGCGGUUGGAGCUGGACAGCAAGCAAAGUUUAGAGAAGAAACGAUACACAGCAUUGAAUGAGUGGACGAAGGCGUUGGAGGAAGUGCAUUCUGCUGUCGUAGGCAAAACCGCACCAUCAGGACGAAGUGGUGCUGGGCCCGAUCCUGGCUUUGGCGACUUCAGUCUGAUGAGAGAGGAGCGUUGGCUCUAA